AUGAGAACGUUCGGGAUCUGGCUCAGUCUCUGCCUAGCAGUGGGCGCCUCAGCGUCGAAUUGUAAAACGCCGUGCCAAAAAGGGUACAAAUGCAUGAUCGACAACUGCGUGUUGGAUGUGAUGUGUCCGGCUGCGGGAAAAUACGGACCGGGUCCGCCGAAAACCUGUGCCGCGCAGGUGGACCCGUUAAACAAGCCCAAGAGUCCGAUCGAAACGUGGUUCACCGAGGAGGUGUUCAAUGACCUGUUCCCUAAGGCGAACAUCGGCUGGGGUCCCAGCGCAUGCUCCCCUUAUAACUAUGAGGCAUUCAUCAUUGCAGCGAGGUAUUUUCCGAAGUUUGGCACCGAAGCGCCAAACAACGGCUACACGGCUACUGAAAACGCUCGCAGAGACUUGGCAGCGUUCUUUGCCCAUGCUGUUCAAGAGACAGGCGAAAACGACGCAUCGCUGUACGGCAAGGAUAGGACAGUGAACGAAUCGCACGCCUGCUUCUACCGAGGGGGAUUCUACAACUGGUUCGAAGGUGGGCCAGUCUCGUCCUUCCUGCCUCCCGGAACACCAGGGAAUGCACCAGAGGAGGGUGAGAAAUGCAAUUUGGGUGGCAAGUACUGUAGCUCCAGUGCAGAGCUUGACUACUUCUAUCCGUGCAACACCAAGACCGAAGGGAACCUCUUUUACGGCUGCUACUUCGGAAGGGGGGCCAUUCAACUAUCGUACAAUUUCAACUAUGGUAUAUUUACGCGUUGGCUACAAGAGAACAACAUCAACGUUGACCUGCUGCAAAAUCCAAACCUGCUGCUAACCAAGCGAGACCCUCCAUUGGCCAUCCUGGGGUCAUUGUGGUUUUACAUGACCCCACAACCGCCGAAACCGGCAAUGCAUGACAUCAUGAUGGGUAACUGGGAACCAGGGCCGGAUAAUCGAGCAAAGGGAUACAUUGGACCGAUCUUUGGUCCAACCAGUCUGAUCAUCAACAACGAGUGCAACGGCGAAGAUCCACAAGAUCCGGGCGGACCAGGCGAAAGCCGCAGAAUCAAGGCGUUCAAAUGGCUAUGUGAAUAUUUCGGGGUCAAAAGAGAAGCGGAUAAUCUACUAACGUGCAAAGGUAUGCCGAAAACAUUGGACAUGAUAAAUCACAAUCUCACCUGGCAACCGGACUGGUCCAUGACCUGGAAAGAUCAACCGUGUGACUGUGCACCGGCCUCGUACGGGGGCAUGAUUCCCUACUUUCAGCCUGGCUACUACCCGCAAGAGUUCGUCGAUAAAAAUCCGGCCAAUCGCCUUUACUGCGUGAAGACCAUCUACGACAACCCAAAGAUGUACAGCAUGGAGCCAGGCACCAGCAAAUGUUUAAACUUUAAAAUGAAAGAGAAAAAAUAG